UGUACAUCUGCCGCGUAAAUGUUAACACCAUUCAUUAUGUGACAUAUUUCAAUGAUAAAUCUUAGGAGGCUUUUUUUGUUUGUUGUUUUAAGCGGAAGCUCUCAGUGUUCCCUUGCAGAGAAGCCGCAGCAGUAUUUUACGGAAUAAUUUGUUGCGUGACAGCUAGGGCUCGACGCCAGUUUUGCUCUGAUAUACUCAUUUUUUGUGCUCAAUUUUAAACUAACGCGGUAUUUGCCAUGUCGGCAAGCGAAUGUAAGGGAAGGAGACGCGACGAAGGAAGAAGGUGAGGUGUGGCUCAUACAAAAAGACCUGUAAGCACUCGGAAGGAUAGUCUCUGUAACAACAGCCUCAUAGGGGCAUUCCAGUGAGUAAGUUUGGAUGACCGCCAUGGCUUUUUCGUGGUCUGGUGACCCCUGAUGACUUUGGCAUCAGCGCUGUCCCUAAACCAUUUCUUCCACCAACCCCCUGAGAAAAGACAUUAAAUCACACCGUGCAUAAGCUGCAGUGGGGUGGAUUUCCAAAUGCCUACCUCACGCCUAAAGAACAAGUCACCACAACCACAACCCUGAUCAGCAGCCACCAUGACAUCAAGCAUAGGGGAUGAUUGUAGCAUCUUUGAUGGGUUGAUGGAAGAAGAUGAAAAGGACAAAGCAAAACGAGUGUCCCGAAACAAGUCAGAAAAGAAGCGGCGAGACCAGUUCAAUGUCCUCAUCAAGGAACUUGGCACCAUGUUGCCAGGCAACACCAGGAAGAUGGACAAGUCCACUAUCCUGCAGAAAAGUAUCGACUUCCUGUGUAAACACAAAGAAAUUGCUGCCCAGUCUGAGUCCAGUGAGAUCAGGCAGGACUGGAAGCCUCCGUUUCUCAGCAAUGAGGAGUUCACACAGCUGAUGUUGGAGGCUUUGGAUGGCUUCUUCAUAGCAAUAAUGACUGAUGGGAACAUCCUCUAUGUGUCAGAGAGUGUCACCUCAUUACUGGAACAUCUUCCUGCGGACCUGGUGGACCAGAACCUGUUAAAUUUCCUGCCAGUUGGUGAACACUCAGAAGUAUACAAAGCCCUGUCCACACACCCCAACGACCUUGAGAGCCUUACUUCGGAUUAUUUAAAGAGUAAGAACUACAUGGAAUUCUGUUGUCAUAUGCUUCGAGGGUCCAUUGACCCAAAAGAAUCUCCUGUCUAUGAAUAUGUGAGCUUCAUUGGGAACUUCAAGUCACUCAAUAACGUUCCUAAUGUGACGAGGAAUGGUCUGGCAGGGGUCUUACAGCGCUCUCUGCAGCCUGCCUUUGACGACCAAGUGUGCUUUGUGGCAACUGUACGGCUCACUAAACCUCAGUUUAUCAAGGAAAUGUGUACAGUAGAAGAGCCCAACGAAGAAUUCACAUCUAGACACAGUCUUGAAUGGAAGUUCCUCUUUCUCGAUCACAGAGCUCCACCCAUUAUAGGCUACCUGCCAUUUGAGGUUCUGGGUACUUCUGGGUAUGACUAUUACCAUGUAGAUGACCUGGAGACUCUAGCCAAGUGCCAUGAACACUUGAUGCAGUAUGGUAAAGGGAAGUCUUGUUACUACCGUUUCCUGACUAAAGGUCAACAGUGGAUUUGGCUGCAGACACACUACUACAUCACCUAUCACCAGUGGAACUCCCGCCCUGAGUUUAUUGUCUGCACACACACAGUAGUCAGCUAUGCAGAAGUGAGGGCAGAACAGCGAAGGGAGCUGGGCAUUGAAGAAUCCAACCCAGAGGUCACUCUGGAUAAGAGCCAGGACUCUGGUUCAGAGCUGAACACAUCCAGUCUCAAGGAGGCAUUGGAGAGGUUUGACCACAGCCGGACACCCUCAACCUCUUCACGAAGUUCACGCAAGUCUUCAUCACACGUAUCCGACAACACCUGCACUUCCUCUAAGCUACAUAUGGACACGGCCACACCUCCACGACAAUCUCUGGCCUCAACGAUGGAGGUGACGUCACAGCGCCGCUCAUCCAUCAGCAGCCAGUCCAUGAGCUCUCAGACUACCAGCCAGAGUGUCACUCCUGCUAUGAUCACUCAGCAGCAGCAGCAGCAGCAGCAACAACAACAACAACAACAACAGCAACAACAGCAGCAGCAACAACAACAGCAGCAGCAGCAGCAACAACAACAGCAGCAACAGCAACAACUGCAGACAAAUGUACAGCCGGUGAUGGAGUUCUCAGCGCAGGUGAAUGCUAUGCAACACCUAAAGGAGCAGCUGGAGCAAAGGACAAGAAUGAUACAGGCCAACAUCCAGCGGCAGCAGGAGGAGUUAAGAAACAUUCAGGAGCAGCUGCAGAGAGUCCAGGGGCAGGGAAUACAGAUGUUGUUGCAGCAGCAGGGUGGCGGGAUGAACGUGCAGCUUCCCCAAGUGGCGCCGGUCCAGCAGACGACUGCUCUGAGCGGUCAAGUCCAGCAAACGGUGAUCAACCCCGUCCAUUCGGGAACGCAGCAGCUCACCAUCCAGCAGCAGGCAACUCCCACUCAACAGAGCCUUCAGCAGCAGGCCCAACGGCAGCCUCAGCAGCCCCCCCAGGCACAGCCGCAGACCCAGAACUCUGUGCCUGCUCCGCUGUACAACACCAUGAUGAUAUCUCAGCCGGGGCAGCCCAAUGUGCUGCAGAUCAGCACCAGCCUGCCGCAGAACAACACGCCUCAAGGCACCACCGUGGCCACUUUCACACAGGACCGACAGAUCCGGUUUCCAGCAGGGCAGCAGUUAGUGACCAAGCUUGUAACGGCUCCAAUGGCUUGUGGUGCUGUCAUGGUGCCCACCUCUAUGUUCAUGGGCCAGGUGGUUACCGCAUACAACCCUUUUGGUGGGCAGCAGCAGGGAGGACAAACCCAGACUCUAACUCUUCAACCAGCACAACCUUCUCAAGGGCAGCCGGAUGCCCCCAACCAGACAGCUGUAGUGGCGCAAAGUGGACAGCAGGGACAACAGCAGCAACAACAGCAAUUCCUCCAGGGCACUCGUCUUCUCCAUAGUAAUCAGUCCACCCAGUUGAUUCUGCAGGCAGCUUUCCCACUUCAGCAGCAGGGCACUUUCACCCAGGCAACACACCAACAACAACAGCAACAACAACCACAACAACAACAAAGGCAGCAGCAGCAACAGCAACAACAGCAGCAGCAGCAACAGUCUCACCAUCAGAGGCAUCAGCAGCUCAAACCUCAGCCUCAGAAACAGCAGAAAGCGCCAUCAUCACACAGGACUGACAGUGUCAGCAGUCAACCACAGUAAGGAGAAAGUCUGGAGGGAAACACACUUGGUUGGGAAAGAGGAAAAAAAAACAGGAAAUAAAAGUCUAAGGGACUGCCUCAUACAUUUGUUUUGCUUGUGUGGCUCAAGCCUUUCCUGUCAAAGAUUUUUGGUCUGCCUUUCUCUUGCUUCAAGGCGUGAUCACGUGAGCACGGUAAGCCUGUGAGUCCACUAGGAACUCAUCAGUGAUUUUCAUCAGGCAUAGAGGGACGAAUUACCCCCAUCCCCUAACCUCCUUCCCCGUGUUUUCCCUUGGGGGGAAGGGCUGGCGUUUCUGCGGAAGAUGACCUUAUUGCCACAUUCUCUUGGAGAUGUGUUAAAGUGGACUGACCUUGUACAAAUUUCCUGUAUGAUAUUAAGAAAACCAUGUGUAAAUACCCAAUAUAGCCUAAUGGGAAACAGAAAUGUAGUAUUUUAUAUGAUUGCAUGGAAAGAAUAACUGUAAGCUUUUAUUAGUCGCUUUUGAAAAAAAAAAAACAUUUUUACUUUGUUCAAAGUAUUUCCUGGUGUGAUAUUGAAGCCCCACCCCCAGCUCCUCCCUUUUCUCACGUAAGGCCAGAAUUGGGUUUUUAAAAAAUCUGUUUGGGGGGGAUAAAACAAGAUGUGAGGGCUGAUUUGUUGUUGUUUUUUUUGGAACUCAAGUGUUUUUAAGCACUACACCAUUUUUUUCAGAACUUAUUGACGCAAAACGUUUGACUACAGUCCAACUGAAAUGUUCACAGAAUGAUCUCUGCAAGUACAAGAGGUUUCAGCGAUUCCAAGUGCCAAUUAUGUAGUUCAUUUUGUUUGAAUAUCCAUCAGAAACCUCUAAGGCAUGCAUACAUAAAUCUAUAUUUUCCAACAAAGCCCUAACAAUGCUCAUGCACGUGUGUGUGUGCGUGUGUGUGUGUACAGUAUAUAGAAGGGAUUAUUUUCUAACAGUCAGAGAGAGCCCUAUACGUAACAAACAGUAUAUCCUCAUGAAACUUUAGCACUUGAUGUGGUUGUGUACAGUAAAUCACUGUCAAGACCUAGUUGUUAGUUGUUUAACUGUGUGUGAGUGCGUGUGUAUGUGUGUUUUGAAAAAUUCUAUCUUGUGUGCCUGUGUAAUGUGAGUGUCUGUGGGCCCCGUGUGUCUUACAGUAAUCGACUUAGUAAAGGUUCGGAGUUGCUAGAUGGUACUUCUACUCUCAGGAAUGUGGAAUUAUUUCAAAAUUUUGUUUCUGCCUCAGUCUGGAACCAGACCAGGAAGGGUUAAACGAUGAUGCUGCCAAGACCUAGAGCAUGGCUUUUAAAGUAUGAGGUAGUGCCAGAAGACCAGCUUGAGAAAAAUAAAGAAAAUACAUUUUUCCAAACUUGUUAAACUAACUUCAAGUUUAAUUUUUUAUUUCCAUAUGGAUUGAGACAAAAAAAAUCACAAAAUGUUCAUCACACUUUGUAAAACCACUGACCUAAAGGCAAGAUGAAUACAAAGAAAGUCAACAAAAGUAAAACAGGAAUGUGGCAUAAAGGCUUCUUCAGUAUGAAGCAUUCUUUGUCUGCUACUUAGUCUUUUGCAUCAUCAGUUUAACCCUUCUCCUCGUUGGGCCUCAUAAAAAUUCUCAUGCAGUUCACUUCAGAUGUCUCUCAGUUCUCAAACAGCAGUCUAAAGCAGGACCAGGUCCACAUGGACUUCCUCACUACAUUUUUAAGCCAUAUCAAAACGCAAAAGCCUCGGUUUGGAGUGUUAACGGUUGGUAAAGGAGUGAUUCUUUUAGAAUGUGUUAUGUCUCCUAGUGUGUGUGUAUGUGUGUGACUAUUGUAUCUCUUCCUGAUUCUUGUAUCUCUUAGGGGGUGUCAGUAUUGGUUGCCCCCACUGAUAGCCAAUCAGUUCUUGCGUUGCAGUAUGAAGAAAAUUGUAAUAUUCAAGAAACUUUCCUUGCCAGUUGGGCUCAGUGUUCUGGAAGCCCCAGUGUGGGACUGCUCCACUUGAAUACGUGUGUGUGUGUGUGUGUGUUUGUGUGUGUGUUUCUGCAUGCAUGCACGUGUGUAUGAUAAACAUGUCACUGUAACCACAUUAUUUUCUUAUGGAGAGUAUGUAUGAGUGAGAAGAAUGGAUGUUUGUUGGCAAGGCAGCACACAGGUCCCCAAACACCUACCAACCUCACAGAGGUGUUUUAAAAUGACUGACAGCUCAUCACAGUAACACUUCUCUCUCGAAAAAAAGUUUAUUGCAACUCUGAUCAGCCAUCACAAAGCUGGCAUCUACUGUGUGUAUGACAUGAUCCUUUGCUUAGUAUGCGUCACUGAUAAGCCAGCCCAAAGAAUGUACAGUAUAGGUGUGUGUUCUGUUUUCUUUUUUGUUUUUUUUGUUUUUUAAAAAAAGACUAAUGGAUGUUGUUUAUGUGAAAGAAGGAAAACAAGGGGAGACAAAGAACUUUGCAAAAAAAAACAAACCUAGAAUAUAAUAAUCCUAUGAACAGGUUGUAAAAGAAGCUCUUGAGUAUUAUGAUACUUAUUUCCCAAAAUCAGAUUUUUUAUUUUUAAGUCGAGAUGUAUAUUUGAAAUCACUGACAAGACAGCGAGUGCCCCCACCCUCCUCACAGAUGACAAAAAAGUUAGUGUACACAAAAGACAACCGUAUUCAGUGCAAAACGGUGCUAUUCUUUUCUGUACUUUAUGUAUGUAUAUCUCCUCUGCUCUUGAACUGUGCUCCUUUUAACUACCCCAAAGUCAAAUGUAAUAUUAAUAAUCAAUAUUUUGAAGCAAAAAAAAUGCUAUUAUUAUAACCACCCCACCCCUCUCUCCCUGUUCUCUUGGUCAAUUUGAAAAAUAAACACAGCUGCAAAUAUAUGUGACAA